AAGCCUCGUAGCUGCUGGUAGCUAAGAACAGCCCGAGAAGGGUUUAUUACUGUUAGUCUGUGUCUUUGAUCCUGCAGAGGGAGAGAGAUUCGAAGAUGGCAUGGAGGCAAAUAAUCAAUAACGCAAAGAUAGUUUCAAUUCCACAAACAAAUUCAACACCUGGGUUCUCCAGAUUCUUCUCCAAAUCCCCAGCUUACAUCGUGAAAGUUGGAAUUCCAGAGUUUCUAAAUGGAAUAGGGAAAGGAGUUGAAGCCCAUGCAGCCAAGCUUGAAUCUGAGAUUGGUGACUUCCAGAAACUUCUUGUUACUCGAACCUUGAAGCUCAAGAAGAUGGGCAUUUCUUGUCAACAUAGGAAGCUGAUACUGAACUAUGCCCACAAAUAUAGGGUGGGGCUCUGGAGGCCGAGAGCUGAUCUUGUGAAACCAAAAUAAGCGUUGAGUUAGCUAGCCCUUUGAGUAUGACAUGAUUCUAGUUUGCUGCAAAACAUAACUGAUUUAGAUUGCUUUGUGGUUCUGUGGUUUCAAAGAGUUUGAUCUUAUGACCUCUGUAACUUGCACUGCAGCUUUCAGAUUUAUUGACAGAGUUUAAUUUGUUGAAUAGCACCUACUUGUGCAACAUCCUAAUUUUGUUCUUCUAGAAUGAAUUAUGGAGCAUAUGAAGUUAAAUUAGUUUUA